AUGGCAAAACGCGAGGCAGCUGAAGGUGUCAAUGGCCGGCUAAGUAUCGAUCUGGACCAGGAUAGCAUUGCACCCGGCGAGAUUAUUUGCGGCAUGGUGCGACUUGGUCUGUUGGAGUCAAUUGAGGCCAGAGAGCCGCUGGCGGUGGUUGUUCAGGGAAGAGAGGCGGUGACAUGGGAUGAAGAAAGAGGCUGCAGUCCCGUCACGAACGCCUUCGACAAGAUCUUUUUUCAGCACAAGAUUGAACUGUCGCCGGAUGCGGUGUAUGAAGCCGGUGAGUCGGAGCACCCUUUCGAGCUUCAGCUACCAACAGACUUGCCCUCGAGCUUUGAGCUGCUCGACAUCUAUAGCGAAACAGCAGAACGUCUUCGAGUGCAGAUCAAGUAUCAGGUAAGUGUGUGGCUUCGAUCGAACCGCGCGUCCGUGGCCUAUUUGACGUCGGAACAGGAGUUUACAGUGCAUAAUCCAUCAACGAGUGCACCACCUGCAAGAGCUCUUGAGAUUUCGGCUUCUGAGGUGGUGCAUUGGUUGUACUGCGUGACGCGAGGGGACUUACAGAUGACAGUCACGAUUCCGAAUGACGUGUCGGUUGCGGGUCAAGUAGUUCCGCUCCAAUGUUGUGUGGAUACUUCUGCCUGUAAGGCUCCGGUCAAGUCGAUCUCGGUGGAGCUCGUAGAAGACGUGGUGAUACAGCACUUGGGGGAACAACCCGACUGGACAGUCAUGCGCGUGCUGUCGACGGAGCAGUUUGCUGGUCUAGAAGCUGGUUGUGUCCGAAAGCUAGCCACGAACGUCAAGUUCGUCGAGAAUGAAAAGCAGAGCCCUGUUAACGCGGACGUGGACGCACACUUCUUCCAGUGCAGUCAUCGCGUGAUUGUCCGGUGCAAGCCUCGUCUCGCGCCGCCUAUCGUCUGUGAAGUGCCAGUGAGGGUACAACACUACAAGACGCCAUUCCGUGCAGGGUCAACUCGAUUGCAAAGAAUGCCAGCGGAAGUUAUGGCUGGUCAUAAAAGCCCAUAG